AUGGAACAAAAGAAGAGUAUCGAAAUCCUUGUGGAUAAUAAAGCUGCAAUUUCAAUUACAAAUAAUUCCGUUUCUUAUGGAAAGACAAAACAUUUCAAGCUCAAGCUUUAUACCUUGAGGGAGGUGAAAAGAAAUGGAGACAUAAAUGUGGUGCACUGCAGAACUGAUUUCCAGAAUGCUGACAUUUUAACCAAGUCUCUACCUAGAUCAAGAAAAGAGUUUCUCAGAGGAAGACUUGGUGUUACUACUCUUGAGUCAAAGAGGAGUGUUAAAAUUAGUGCCUCAUUGCUGGUCACUUGCAAUUCAAAAAGGCAAAGGGUUGUAGCCUUUGUUCUUCCUGAUUUGCAACUUCGUGGCACAAUUUCGCUAUCUUUGGCCAAUUUGUCCUUUCUCAGAGUGCUCAAUCUCGAGAACAACAGCUUCCAUGGGAGUGUCCCUUACGAGCUUGGCCACUUGCCUCACUUGCGAGUGAUUGAUAUUCAAAACAAUCAGCUCCAAGGAAGUAUUCCAACAAGCCUAUUUCAACACCAGAGAGUUCAAAUCAUUUCAUUGGCUUUCAAUGAACUAAGUGGUGAAAUGUGGAACGGGCCAUGGUAUGUACCGGAACUCAGAGUCUUAAAUCUCAGCAACAAUAGCCUGAUAAAUAUAAUCCCUCCUGCUGUUGGAAAUGCCACAAAGUUGCUGAACUUUAGUUUGUCUGGGAAUAAAAUCAAUGGCAACAUUCCGAAGGAGAUGAGUUCCAUUCCUGCAACACUGUUUAAUAUCUCAUCGCUACUUACCAUAAGUCUGUCAUUUAAUAGCCUCUCUGGUCCUCUCAUGCUUGAUGAAGAAAAUAUUGUGUCAAAUCUGAAGAUUAUAAGUUUAGCUAAGAACAAAUUUUCUGGAUGCAUUUCUUCUAACAUAUGCCAACUCACAGAGCUCAAAGUGUUGUCCUUACCUUUCAACAACAUAACUGGAAAGAUACCCAAAAAUAUUGGUUGUUUGUCAAAACUCAAGAUGUUUUAUAUUGGUCAGAUUCUGAAGGCUAUUUUUAAUAUAUCUACUUUGGAAGCCAUUGCUUUCAGUUUCAAUAACCUCUCGGGGCGAAUUCCAACCACUACAGGUCUUCAUCACAUUAAGUUUCUUCUCUUAGGGAAUAAUCAGAUCGAAGGGGAAAUUCCAUUGUUCAUAGCAAAUGCUUCCACGCUUGAGAUACUGGAGCUAGCAAAUAACUUUCUCACCGGAACAAUUCCUAUUAAUUUAGGUAAUCUUCAGGAGCAGCAAAUACUGAUCCUACAUGAUAAUCUACCUACCAAUGAACUAAGAGAGUGUGAAUUGCGAUUCUUCAAUUCUUUGACGGACUGUAGGAUAUUACAGUAUCUAGAUGUGGGUUCCAAUCUGUUGAAUGGUGUUUUGCCGAAUUCUAUUGGGAAUCUAUCAUCUACUAUUGAACUAAUUCAUCUAGGAGAUGCACACAUCAGUGGAUUCAUUCCCACUAGUAUAGGCAACAUGAGUGGUCUUAGCGCCCUAGUCUUUCAACAAAACCACUUGAUGGGAAAUAUUCCUCCUGAGAUUGGCCCAAUUCUGUUAUCCUUUGUGAACUUGAUAAUCUUGGAAUUCUUGGGUUCGUCCUUAAAUGCAUUGUCAGAGGUUUAUGUGGAGUGCACAUAUUGGAGGUUCUCCUUGCCCGGUAAAGAGUUGAAGUCUAAUAAGCUUGUGCUAAAAAUUGUUAUUCCAGCGAUUGUUUCAAUCUUUUUGAUAUCCUUGUUGGUGUCAAUUUGGAUAAUGAAACAACCAAAAAAAGGGAAGUCCAAAGAUGUGGAACAGGCACCAGAGAUCAGGACUCAUCAAUUAGUUUCUUAUCACGAGAUUUGA